AUGGUGGGGUAUAAAGAGGUGUUUUCCAUGUCCGCAGGGCAAGUGACAGACGCCACUCCCCCAGGGACUGUUACUUUGUCAGCACAUCCAUCACACGUAACAGAGCAGAGACACAGAGUCCAUGGACAAGAACUACGAUUGAGUCCUCAGCCUUCCUCUGACCCGCUUGAUCCCCUCAAUUGGACAGCAUGGCGCAAGAUAGCCGCAUUAAUAUGCAUGUCAAUGUAUGCCGCUGUCGGAAAUUUCACAUCGUCAUCCAUCGCCAGCGCCUUUCCGUUAUAUGUCACUCCGCUGGCUUUUGAUCCCCCAGUCUCAAUAGGAAGAUUGACCCAUCUGGUUGCGGUCAACGUGCUUAUGAUGGGAGCAGCCAACAUCUGGUGGGUACCACUGGCAAACACAUUUGGUCGGCGGCCCAUCAUUCUCGGCAAUAUCCUUUUGCUGGUAUUCUCGUCCAUGUGGGCCGGCCUCGCGAAUAAUUUCGGUAGUCUAUUGGCUGCUAGAGUCUUCAUGGGAGUUGCUGUGGCGCCAGCGGAUACAAUUGCACCAAAUAUAGUCGGGGAGAUAUUCUUUACACACCAACAAGGGAGAGCCAUGGGAUGCUACACUGUCUGUAUCGCGCUCGGUCCAAUCAUCGGAGGGAUUGCGGGAGGAUACAUCGCAGGUAAUCAGGGUCUGGCGUGGAUUCAUUGGGUAAAUGUGAUCCUGUCAGCCAUCCUUUUCGUCGCGUGCGUGUUUCUUCUGCCGGAAAGCCUGUACAGCAGGGGGCCUCUAGCGACAACCACUGAGCAAAUUACGGACGACGAAAUGAGCAAGAAUCAUAACGAUAAGGACUCUGAGCUCGUCGAGAAUGUGCCAUCUCACCCGGAAGAGUCUUUAGACCCUGGGCAACAAUCAGCAAAUUUCUCACGCCUGAUGCGUUUAUACACAUUUCAAGGAGGUUCAACUUUCGUGCCAAACUUCCUAGCACCAUGGAAGACCCUCAGGCUACCAGGCGUCUGGCUCGCCAUGCUCUGGUAUGCCGGGCUCGUGGGAGGUGUGGUAACUAUCACAACGGUAGGACCAACGAUUGUAGCGUCGCCGCCGUAUCUAUGGGGUAACAAUGCAGGCCUUAUCAUGGUUGGAGGCAUCGUCGGUUCUAUAAUGGGUUUUCUGGCAACCAAUCUGGGCUCAGACCGCGUGGUAACUACUAAGAAAGUCUUAAGUGGCGCGCAGUUUGUGGAACCCGAGGCUCGCCUACCCAUUGCGAUUCCAGGUUUGCUUCUUGCGACGACGGGUUUGUGGACGUUUGGAUUCUGCGCUCAACAAUCUGGUCCACACAUGUGGAUUGGAAUGGAGUUCGGGUUAGGAAUGCUGUGCUUUGGCUUAGUGCAAGCGCCGUCUAUUGGGUUUAAUUAUAUUAUCGACUCAUAUGGCCCCAUUUCUGCGGAUUGUUUUGUUGCGGUUACCUGCAUGAGAGCGAUCAUCAGUUUUGCUUGGACUUUCUUUGCGGGUGAAUGGGUCACGAAAGCGGGGGCUGCUACACCUUUUGGUACCUUUGGUGCUCUUAUGGGGCUUUUCUCUCUACUAGUAUUUCCCUUGUGGUUAUGGGGGAAGAGAUUGAGAAUUGUUACCGCAAACUGGGUUCCGUCCUCAUGGGAUGGGUUUCAAGCUUGA